AUAAAUUUGCCAAAUCGACGGACUCACGCAGCGCUCAUUUUUUCGAAACGUUUGCUGCGACAGCCCUUUUUAGCUUAAACCACGUCACUGCAAUUUGUAACCUACUAUGUAGAAGCACACUCUUGCCAUUGAGCAUUAUUUUAGAGCAGCAGGGCGAACCUUUGCCAGAAAAAGGGAACAACGCAUGUUUGUAUGCACCUAGUCCAGCGCAGAGCAGGGAGAAAAAAUAACGCAAAAGGAAGACCUCACCAAGGAAAAGCAAUCGAACCGCAUUUAAGGCACUCAAUCCAAGGCGAACCAACGAACGCGCGCACCCCGAAGGAGAGCCGCACACGCAGAAACCGUUCGACGAAGCACAGCUAUCUCCAAAUAAAUGAGUAACACAUCAUAUAUAACGCACAGGGGAAUAUAAUGGGAGAUUACUUAAAAACGGGAUCGGUUAACUAUGAUUUAGAAAUUUUAAAAAAAAAACCCGAAAAGAAGUUAUCGCUUGACAAGCAAAAUUUGUACCUGCAAGGAUAUGGUAGACAGUGGGGAGAGAAGCUGGUCUAUAGCGUUGGCUUGGCCUACGGCACAGGCCUUCUACUAGGUGGAAGUUGCGGGUUAAUCAGUGGAGUCUUGAAGGGAGGAAAAACGAGGAAGCUUUUUGUGAACUCCGUUUUGAAUUCCACUUCAGUGAUAGGGCCGAGCGUCGCCAACCAAAUGGCCUCAAUAACCAUGAUUUUUUACGCCCUAAAUAAUAUGGUAAAAUUAUUUACAAAGAAUGAUGAAGUAUACAAUUCUUCCAUAGCAGGUUUUCUCGCAGGAAGCAUCUAUAAAAGUGCUUCUAGCUAUAAAAUGAUGGGUGCCUAUUCUUUGAUGUCGUCUGCUGUUUUUUCGUUUAUCGAUUAUGGCUUUAAAAGGGGCUACAUUUAG